AUGCAUUUUAAUGAGGAUGGGGAGUUAGUAGCUGACUACGAUAUUAUGAACUUGGUCACCUUCUCCAACAAGACUGCCAGGAGGGUGAAAGUUGGGGGUGUUAAGACCCAGACUCCCUCAGGUCCAGAGCUGAACAUUCAGGAGAAUGCCGUUGUCUGGCCCAGAUGGUUUAAUCAGACCAGGCCCCGUUCUGUAUGCACGGAGAGCUGCCUGCCUGGAUAUCGGAAGAUGGUUCCAAAGGGAGAGCAGAUUUGCUGCUACAAGUGUGUGCUGUGCAGCGAAGGGACAGUCUCAACUCAGACAGAUUCAGAUCAUUGUGACAAGUGUCCAGAAGAUCAGUUUGCAAACGAAGACAAACAUCAAUGUUUUCCCAAAAGAAUCACAUUCCUCUCCUAUGAAGAACCUCUGGGGAUCAUCAUGACUUUCUUUGCGCUAUUCUUGUCCCUAACAACAGGUGGUGUUUUAAUAAUUUUCAUUAAAUUCAUGGAAACUCCUGUGGUCAAGGCCAACAACAGAAAUCUCACCUACAUUCUUCUCAUCUCCCUCCUGCUCUCCUUCCUUUCCUCCUUCCUCUUCAUUGGACAGCCUAGGAAAGUGACCUGCCUCCUACGCCAGACUGCCUUCAGCAUCAUCUUCUCCAUUGCUGUUUCUUCCGUGUUGGCCAAAACCAUUACAGUGGUGGUGGCCUUCAUGGCCACUAAGCCAGGGAACCCGAUGAGGAAAUGGGUGGGGAAGAGUGUGGCAAACUCCAUUGUCAUUUCCUGUUCUGGCCUUCAAGUUGCCAUUUGCGCAGUCUGGCUGGGAACGUCUCCCCCCUUCCCAGACUCGGACAUGCACAGCCAGCCUGGACAGAUCACACUGCAGUGCAACGAGGGGUCUGUCGCCAUGUUUUACACAGCUCUCGGCUACAUGGGCUUCCUGGCUGCCCUCUGUUUCACAGUAGCUUUCCUUGCCAGGAGGCUGCCUAGUUCAUUCAAUGAAGCCAAGUUGAUCACCUUCAGUAUGCUAGUCUUUUGUAGUGUUUGGGUGUCCUUUGUUCCCACCUACUUAAGCACAAAAGGAAAAUACACAGUAGCCGUGCAGAUCUUCUCCAUCCUGGCCUCUAGUGCAGGUUUGCUAGGCUGCAUUUUCUUUCCCAAAUGCUACAUCAUUAUAUUGAGGCCUGAUCUGAAUAUCAAGCAGCACCUGAUGACAAAAAAGAAAGGAAACAUCUGA